UUUAAUGGAGGGAAUGGGGAAGGGAAAAAUCAGACUACACGAAGAAAUUAUUGCAACGCCUCCCAAGAAUCCUAUCGAUUUUCCAGACCCAAAGAAGAAGAUCCAGACAAGCUCUUCCGGGGUAGGACAUUUCGAGAAGAAUCAAUCUUGAAGGGUAGUCAUCAGAGUUGCAGUUUUGAAUGUUUUACUUGCAUAACACUUGAUCGGUGGUUGUCAAGGCUGACUGGGGGGAUAGGGAGAGUUAUGGGGGGGAUGAAGCUGGUGGCGCUGAUGAUUUUUGCGGUGCUUUCUGUUACAUCGGCGGCGGAGAAAUGGUGGAAGCUAGAUUCCAGACGAGUCUUUUCUUCACCGUCGGCGGUCAAAUCUAUGCGCACUUCUUCCAUAGUACUCCCACUUCACGGCAAUGUUUAUCCCCAUGGUUUUUAUUUUACCCAAGUCAAUAUAGGGACGCCGCCAAAGCCCUACUUUCUUGAUCCUGACACUGGCAGUGACCUCACGUGGCUUCAGUGUGAUGCUCCCUGUAGUCGCUGCACGAAGACACCUCACCCACUAUACAAGCCCAAUACUGAACUUAUUGGCUGUAAGGACCCUCUUUGUGCCUCAUUGCAGUCGGGUGAACAGAACUGUGAGACUCUGGAACAAUGUGAUUAUGAGGUUCAGUAUGCAGAUGGGGCUUCUACUCUUGGUGUCCUUCUUACUGACGUUUUCUCUCUCAGCCUUACCAGUGGGGCUGAGAUUGAUCCUAGGCUAGUUAUUGGAUGUGGAUACGACCAGGUAAUUGGUCACUCUCACCAUCCAGUAGAUGGCGUACUUGGACUGGGAAAAGGACCAACAAGCAUUCUUUCACAGCUUAAGAAAAUGGGUCUGGUGCGAAAUGUUGUUGGCCAUUGUUUGGGUGGGCAAGGAGGGUAUCUCUUCCUUGGCGAUCAAGUCUAUGAUGCUUCAGAAGUAGUUUGGACUCCAAUGUUGCAUGAUUACAAGAACCACUACUCACCAGGAGUUGCAGAGCUGAGUUUUGAUGGUAUUAGUACAGGGGUUAAAAAUCUUGUAAUCUUUGAUAGUGGGAGCUCUUAUAGUUAUCUACAUUUUGAGGCAUACCGAGCUUUCAUUUCUUUGAUAGAAGAAGGACUGAGUGGCAAGCCUUUGAGAAAAGCGGAUGAUGAUGACACUCUCCCACUAUGCUGGAAGGGCAAGAAGCCUUUGAAAACAGUUCAGGAUGUCAAGCAAUACUUCAAACCUUUUGCACUAGGCUUUUCCAAUGGACAGAAGGCCAAAUCUCUGUUCGAGAUAUCCCCAGAAUCAUAUCUUAUCAUCUCAUCUAAAGGCAGUGUCUGUUUGGGGGUUCUCAAUGGUACAGAAGCAGGCCUGCAAGAUAUUAACAUCAUCGGAGAUAUAUCCAUGCAAAAUAAAAUGGUGAUUUAUGACAAUGAGAAGAAAUCAAUAGGAUGGACCGCUGCAAAGUGUGAUAAUCCAUCAAGAUCAAACUCUUUUCAGAUGUAAAUAGAGAACAUGAUUUCUUAUAUGUGAAAUAGCAAGUGCAGCAUUAUUUAUACACUUAUACUAUCGUAUAUAAGUAAUAAUAAGCAUGAACCAAGCCCAGAGUUGACUUUAUCUUCAACAUUUGUGCUUUGGUUUGCUCUAUGUAUACAUUGUUUGUUAUUCCAAUUGUUCCUUUUAUUACGUAGAAGUAAAGGCGUGGUGAGAAUAAUAGGCUAACCCAUUUUCUCUGUAGCCCUCAAUAUCAGAUACAACCUACACAUCAAGAACUUUAGUAUUUGUGCCUCCAUAGGACAUUCAGUGGCAGGCAUCCUUUCUGGCAAAUGCAAAACAAUUUUUUAUCUGAGUUUUAAUUGGAUGUAGAGCUCGCUUGAUCUUCAGUUUUCUACCCUUUUCAAACCCAAAGAUUUUGCAUCAGGUGUGGUGUGGGUGAUCACAGGGUUCUAUGAUUCGAAUGGGUUGGUGGUGUUAUAAGCUCAGUAAUGCUACACGAAUAAUAUACUGAACAUUGUUUAAGGGGCGUUCUUGGCUUUCAUUAGAGUAUAUAUACUAGCAAUGACAUUUUGUAAGCACAGUUUUAAGUGAACCUUUUUUUUUUUUUUUUUUUCUGUAGAGAAUGUAGAAUCUUUGAAACUACUUCACUGUAUUAAGCCAUCCCACGCCAUAUAAGUACAAAAAUGCAAACUCA